CGGUGCAAUUCGUCUAAAUAAAUUCGGAACACACCGGCCGGGGAAAACACGGAUCAUGACCAAUGGCCUAGUCUGACGCACUGUCGGGCUAACAGUGGACACUGGGUGGGCGUGUUAUAGGAGGCGGAGGCUGGCGCUGGUCAAGUGAUUAAUUCGAGCAUUUCAUUUAUCGCCACAGCGAAACAGAUUUUAUAAACAAAUGUAUACCGGAGAAACGAAAACUUUAUAUUUUAAAUAUCUUUUCUCUUUUUUGUCAUUUACCGCAUGUCAGUCGAAACUGGUGCUAGGAUUUUGAGUGUGUAGGAGGAGAUUGGUCAUAAGUUUUGAAUGAUUAAUACUCACGCAGAAUUCUUUCGCCAUGAAAAAACAAAUGUAAAUACUUGGAAACUGAGCAAUCACUGAUUGAGACCAGGUGGAAAGAAAUGUUGAAAUUAUCCGCGGCGGAUUUUGUAAUGGAUACAGACGGUGGUCGCAUUGUGCAAUGUCUGACGUCUCGUAUAAAACUAGAGUUGUGUUAAUGUGCUUCAUUUUGCUGUUACGGGUGAACUGGUCUCUGUUGUAAUUCUCUACAUAUCUGUCGUGCUAGCCAAACUACAUUUUUGUACACUCAGCAAACUUGCUAGUGUGUUUAUCGGUUAAAUCUACCGCAAUGGCCAACCCAGGAAUGUACACAGCGUUAACCCUUUUGAUCCUCGUGUCAUGCUGUCGGUGUUCCAUGUGGGAGUGGGGUCCGGAUCUGGAAGGGCCCUGGUGCGCCAAGCGACCCUUCGGCGAGCAGUGUUGUGAUGACCGCAACGACGACUGCUCUGUCCCGAUCCUCGGCACGGAAUGCUACUGCGACGUCUUCUGCAACGCCACGGCCUACGACUGCUGCCCCGACUACUGGAGUCUGUGUCACGGCAUCACCCGGCGUCCCAGCCCCACCCCGUUCACCACCCUACCUCCUAGAACUACGAGAUUCCCGUCGUCGAUCACAAGAAAUGACUGCGUGAAGGAUGGGAUAACAUUCAACCCGGGUGAAAAGUUACAAGACAACUGCAAUGAAUGUAUAUGUGAGGUGUACGCCGGUCCCCCUAGACGUUACGAGUGGCGCUGUGCUGAUGACGUCUGUCUGAUAAGACCGUCCAAGAUCGACGCCGUAAACCACGGGGGGCACAGUUGGAAAGCCGCAAACUAUUCCAGCCUAUGGGGGCUUUCGUUACAAGAUGGUGUCAAAUAUCGUCUUGGUACGUUUCCGCUAGAAGUGAACGUUGUGCGCAUGACUCCCAUCCGGGUCAAACUAGAUGAAGUGAUUCCGGAGUCAUUUGACGCACGUGUUAAGUGGAAGGACCUUAUUCAUCCAGUCAUGGAUCAAGGAAACUGCGGUGCAUCAUGGGCCUUUUCUUCUACAGCCGUCGCUUCAGAUCGUCUCUCCAUCGAGUCAGAGGGCGCUAUCAAGGACGAGUUGUCUCCCCAACACAUGCUCUCGUGUGAUGUCGACAAGCAGUUGGGCUGUGAAGGAGGUUAUCUCGACAGGGCGUGGUGGUAUCUUAGGAAACGAGGUGUUGUGACCGAGGCGUGCUACCCGUACACCAGUGGACAGACGACGAAGGCAGGAGACUGUCAGAUCGCGCCCAGACAGAGGCAGGGCACGUGUCCGAGUGGAGCCAUUUACAAGAUAGAAAAACGCUACAAGGCCACGCCUCCGUACAGGUUACGACCAUUAGAAAGAGAAAUUAUGAAAGAAGUUAUGGACAAUGGGCCAGUUCAAGCCACGUUCCAGGUGAAGGAGGAUUUCUACAUGUACAAGAGUGGAGUGUACCGCUACUCGAACCUGUCACGUGACGAGGCGCCGGAGAACAGGCUGUCGGGAUACCACUCAGUCAGAAUCAUCGGAUGGGGCGUUGAAAGGACACCACAAGGGGACAUUAACAAAUACUGGAUUUGUGCCAACUCUUGGGGCACCGACUGGGGUGAAAAUGGAUACUUUCGAAUUGCACGCGGAGUCAAUGAAAGUGACAUCGAAUCUUACGUCAUUGGCGCGUGGGGUAAGGUCACUGGUGACGUCAGGCUUCGACGAUUACUGCAGCGCAAUCGACGACGGCGAAUAUCUUCUGGGAAAAAAUUCCGCAGUUUGAGAACUUGUGGACGUAAACAACGACGUAGAAACGGUGGAAGAUGUCGGAGGCACAAGAAAAAACAUAAAAAGCAAAAGAAAAAACUAUUUGAAAAAUUAUAAUUAAUAAUACAAUACAAAAUGUGUAUUUUUUAUGUUUUUACGAAUUAUAUUCUAUACGUUACUCUGGUACUAUACAUGUCAUAUAUGUGUGUGUAAAGUGUAGGUAAUAAAUUAAAUUGUGAUAUACGUA